UAAAAGAUAUUUAAGAAGUGUUCAUACGUACAAGGAUUCGUUGGUCGCACUCUUUCAUCAGCUCCAACUUAUUAAUAUCAUCGAUUCCGACAACGAUCAACUACUUAUAAAUAGCCUUAACGUAAACUUCCAAAGAUGUUCAACAAGCUUGCCCUCAUCGCGCUCCUCCCCCUGGCUUUCAGUGCGCCAACCAAAAGAUGGUCGGAAACUCUGAAUUGUGUCCAAUUUCAGUACGGUGGCCCCUUCACCUCUUCUGGUUCUCGCGGUUUCAUCCAUCUAUACUCCAACAUCACCUCUUUCGACUCCAGCACACAGCACACAGAUUACAAUGAGACCCGUUUAGGACUCGCUGAAGACGGGACAAUCGAAAACUGUGGAGAAUGCCGAACAACAGAGUUGUUUGGGUUCGAAGUCUGUCAAGAUGAUCAGCGAAAUGGAUUUGAUGGGCUCGGCAAUGGACCGAGCGGGUUCUACGGCCAUGUGACGUACACUAACGUCUCGCCCAACAUUCAGUGUCUUACCGCCUCCAAAUCACCAUAUGAAGGAGCAUCGUUAAAGCUUGCAGACUGCCAGUAUGACUAUGACUCCGCUGCUACCUCAGGACAAUACUUUGAGAUGACUGUCACUGAUGGGGUUUACCAUGCUCUUUUGAUUGAUGGAAGCAACUCUUACGGACCUACCCCAGAGCUUAACAACAACGCCUCCCUCGUACUGUACAACGUGGUUGGUCCUAACACGACCUUCACGUCCUUCGGGUUCAAAGCUCCCGUGUUCUGAGUUGAGAAACUUUGUCGUUGGGGGAGUAGGUUGGAAGAGAUAUUAGAUUUCGUAUAUGCCCUUGAGAUGGACAAUCACAUACGAUAUAUGAUUGCAUGCAGUGUAUCAUAUAUAUACGUAGCCGUGGCAUUAUUU